GCUCUCUCUCUCUCUCUCUCUCUCUCUCUCUCUUCCUCAAAACGUUAAUGGCGGAUAGAGGAGCUCUUCCGCUUCUUCGCCCCUCCUUGCCGCCGCGGCCGUCUAUUUUCCUCAGCUUCUCAAGCCUCCGUCCGUGGCAAAUCCAGAAGCCUUCAUCCUCCCCAUCCUCUGUUUUCCAUCCUCUCUAUUCAUCAUCCUCACGCUCUACAGUAGUUUCGGUGAAGGUAAUCUCCCUGAAUCGCCGGAGAUUCAGAUACAAAGUCUGUGCAGUCGCGGAGGAAGAAGGAAGAUAUGGACGGACGGAAAGAGGGAAGAGAGGGAGGAAAAGGCGGCAGCUUUGGGAAGAAUUAUUGGAGGAUAAUAAUGUUGAAGACGAUGAUGAUGUUGAUGUUGGUGAUAGUGGUAAAAUCGAUCUGUGGAAGAUCUUAGAGGAGAUUGUAGACAAUGUCUGGAUUCUAAAGGCAUUCAAGUCCUAUGGAUAUCUUCUCCCUUUCAUCCUCUUAUCGCUCUUCUUCAGCACCGGGCCCAAAGCUUUCCUCAUAUCGCUAGGUGUAGCCAUCGGUCCAUCACUGUUGUUUCUCGCGUUCCAGAAGUUGGUUGGUUGGGAUAAACGUAGAAGAGCAUCAACGGCUAAUCAGUUCGGGAUAGAGAUGGAGGAGGACGAGAGAAGGAGCCGAGUUCGAUACACCCCGUCUCAGGUCAGAAACAGUGGAAUGGCUUCUAACUUUGGUGGGUGGGACGAGCUAGAAGGAGGUCCCGGGACGGUUCCCAAGCAGCAGAGAACCGAACCGGGGAGGAAACCGGUUAAGAAGAGGAAGAAAAUAAGAAGGGAAGAAGCAGAAGCUGCACAACCAUUGUUGUUUAGAUUGUUGGUGUCUUUGUUUCCAUUCUUGAGCUCUUACACAAACAUGCUCAAAUAAAAUAAAAUAAACCCUCUAAACCGAUUAAACCAA